AUGCUCGAAAAGGAGAAUCUGGAUGUUGUCAGCGUAGCGACACCGGACGAUUAUCACACCAACCCGGUCUGUGACGCAUCGGACGCCGGGAUCAAAGGGAUUCUUUGCGAGAAACCGCUGACAAUUAACCUCGAAGACGCUGAUCGGAUUAUUGAGACGGUUGAGCGGAACGGCACCAAGAUGUCGGUGGAUCAUACGCGGAGUUGGCUGCCCCUGUACCAAGCGGUACGAACCUCGGUUCGGGAAGACCCGGUUUGGCUCAUUGCCGCCCACGAGCAAGGCUUUGAGGACUACGGCAUUGAGUACAAGGGGGAAGGCGGUCACGAUCCUGGACUUGAUCCAGCAUCGUCGAUUUUGAUUGAGUUCUCCAACGGGGUGCGCGGCAUCGUGAACAGUGCCAAGAUGACGCCCGCCGGUUGCGAAUUCGAUCUCCAAGGACCGAAUGGUCGCUAUGUUUUGAACGACAGCCACUGCAAAGCGUGGAAAACAGAUCAGCCCGAAGGGACAGCGACGGAAGCACCGGCACCCCAGGGCGAAACCUACGGAGACUUCUUCGGCGAUAGUUUGAUUCAUCCUGUCCGGGAACUUGCCCAGAUGGUCGGCGUGGUUGUGAUUUCCGGUAGUGUCGCACUGCUUGCUGACACGAUCCACAACUUUGGCGACGCAGCAACUGCGAUUCCGCUGUGGAUUGCUUUCUCCUUCGCCCGCUUAAAACCGAGCAAACGGUUCACCUACGGUUAUGGGCGCGUCGAGGACUUGGCGGGUAUCGCAAUCGUGCUUACGAUACUGUUUAGCGCGAUUGUUGCAGGAUACGAAUCGUCAGGAAAAGCGGUAUUUACUCGCCUGUUGGACGGUGUGGAGGAUGACGUAAUUGAUGAGAUAAACCACGCCGCUUACCAUGUUGAGGGGGUGAGGAGGUAA